AUGCGCAUUGCGCCCGACAAAACCACUGCCAUUGAAAAGCAUAACGCUAUCCUCUCCAAGGAAACCCUGCGAUCGCGCACACAGAUGGCUGCAAAUCGGAGACAGGUGUCGGUGUCGCAGCGAUUACCUCGGCUGGGUCGCUUUGAGAGGUUUUGGGUCCUUCGCCGACGCUACGCAGUGCAAUUUCACGCCUGGACCAGCCACCGCACUGACCAUCGCCUUCCUCACUAUAGCACGGCGGUCGAAGCCCGCGUACUGGAGGAACCUAUCGACAACGCCAAAAACGAUAAGACCCUAUACAAUAUUAUCGCUUGGCAUAAUCUUGCCCCCGAUCCCCCUGUCUCUCCCCUCGAAACGGAUAGCCAAGCCUUCGAGACCACCUCGGACAAGGCCGAGGCGCUCCGGAGACAUGAGGGAGAAGAAUACCUACUCGGGCCCCUCGAAGUAUCGAUCGAAGAGGUGGAGCGGAACACUAUCGGGGUCACUAGCACCUCCCCCGUAGCCGACCACAUCGCACUCCGGUUACUCGAGGCAUGCAGGCAUCAGUGCGGGGACACGACUCCGAUACACCCUCGACAUAAUCCCGGCCUCAAGGCCGACCCCCGUGCGGCUUUGGCUCGGGCUGUAUUGAUAGCACCUCGGUCGUCUGGUGCAUCCGCGGAAAUGCCCCAGUCACGUCACCAUGGGUUUUCCGCCACUGCCAUGCCGCGAUGGUCAAGCGCGACAUACGAGCACGGUAAGCCCCAGGACAUGCCAGCAUGGAAGAAAACGAAGCCACUGAUCAGCUUGCCAACGGGGAUGCCUUCUCCCUCCCCGCCCCAUGAUGACCCCCACGCAGACUGUCUGCGCACCGCGGCCACUACAGAACGGUGCAGCAGGCCUGGUGGAUCACGGUCUCUCACAAAUUUUUCAACUGGCAUCGUCAAUAGGCGCUUCAAUCAUGAGGACGCUCAACUUAACCGCUCCUUUCGGCGUAACAAGACCUCUGACCAUAUCGCCUUCUGCAGGCUCGCUAAACGGUCUUUCCGCGGCAUUGGCCGCAGCGACCCCCCUCCUCUGCCCUCGACGAAUCGCCGUGAGGCGAUUGUGUAUCUACUCUCCCUCGAACUGGCAGAAUACCAUAGGCCCCAACCAACCCCUUAA